CGGUCCCGAUACGACGAAGAGAAAGGGGAGGAGGCAAGCUCCUACGGAGAUGCAGAAGGAUAGGGCCCCGUCGCUGCCCCAACCACCCCGACGCCGAUCCACUCCCUCUGGCUCCCUUCGACUGUCCGACCUCCAGUGCGCCGCCUUCUUGCCUAGAUCCCUUCGCCUCUCGCCCCACUACGGACUCAGCGGCUCAACCAGGCACCUAGGCACCAGCAAUAGGCACCACCACUACCACCACGCCCAUGUCCAAAGCACCGGAGGUCGUCCACAUCGGUGUUUAGACUCAGUUCCUGCCAAAAAGUCGCAUCCUUGGAGGGCAGGGAGCCGGAGGAGGAGGAGGAGGGGAGCUGGCGAGCCGGGCGAAGGCGGCGGCGCGCGCGUGGCCAUGUUGUGAUAGCUGCGGCGGGUGCACCAGGCCGGAGCCACCGUGGUGCCAGCGCCUGGACGCGGCGCCCUGCGGGUGCCACCCAGCCUGCAGGGACUGCGUCAAAUCCAGCCUAAGCAUCGACCCGCCGGUGUACCAGUGCAUGGACCGCGUCCCCAGCUUCUGCAUCGCCGCCGCCGCCGCGCACUGACCGACGCGCGGGGCAGCCGAGCUAGCCGACAGCUGGUUUCUGAGUGCAGCUUGGUAUUAUUGACCCAGCAACCUUUUUGCUCACCCACCCUCCCGCUCGCCCGCCGGCGAAUCAUGGCGUCUCGAGUCUUUAAACUUUGAAGCCAGCCGUGGAUUAGGAUUUUUGUUUGUGUGUGUUUGUGUAGAAUGUAACUGUAAAGAGAGAUGAGGAAUCUGUAAUCUGGUGAGCGAGCAACCAAUCUGAGUUUACGUUGUCCUCCGUCUGUGGUGUGGUGUCCUUCUUCUUCUGUUCUGUUUUCUUUCUUUCAGUUACACCAUUUUGAAAGAGGUUUUACUAGGUUAGCCUUAAGACUACGAUUUCCGUUUUCUCCAUCUUUUAGUUUGUAAAAUAGUUUUUAUAAUGAUUACAAUUCAAUAACAAUAGUAAAAA